CCACCAGCUACACCAGGUACCGUCUGUAUAUGAGCGCUCGUCAGACAAAAAUCGAUAUUAGAUACACUAGCAAACCAGAGGUUCAAGAUGAAUGAGGUGCCUGAGUUGACCAGAUUACUGACCUUGAUAUUUUUCACAUUCCUAACUGUUUGUGCUUCUAGCAAAGAAUCCAAGUUGAUAUCAGACAACCAAACAGCUACGAUAAUAUUUGCAGGAGACAUUUCUUUUGACGGUCCAGUCAAAUACUUUGCUGAAAUAGAAAAGACUUGCGAUUAUAAACGGCCUUUUGAAAGAGUUAGAAAAUUACUGGCAACAGCAGACCUUCGAGUUGCAAACUUGGAGUCUCCUUUGCUUAAAAGGGCUUACGGUGAAAAGGUACCAGACAGUGGUAAAACAGUAGCAAAUUGUGGAUCCAUUGAUGCUGUCGAGGGGCUAAAAUAUGCAGGGUUUGACAUUGUGCAAGUGGCGAACAACCAUUUUGCUGACUUUGGAGUAGCUGGGGUGAAAAGCACAAUUGCAGCACUGAAGAAGGCAGGCAUUGCAUACGUUGGAAUGCAAGACCGAGUGAACAAGAAGACUAGUCAAAAGCCUGUUAUUAAGAUGGUCAACGGGUUGAAAAUCGGCUUUCUUUCCUAUUGCUUGAACGUUGAAGGAUGUAGUCCAUACAGAUGUGAAAAUGGGUAUUGUAGUGAAUUUAUCAAAGGUGAUGACAUUUUUAAACUUGGUCCUGUCGCAUUCGAUAAGCGCAUUGCUCGUAACGAUAUCAAGCGACUGUCGAAACGUGUUGAUUUUACAGUUGUUUUGAUGCAUUGGAGCAAAGAAUAUUCGUUAGUCCCUCCACUUCCCAUACGCCAGCUGGCGGAGUCAUUGGUUGUUUAUGGCGCAAAUCUAAUCAUUGGAAGCCAUCCACAUGUUAUACAGAUCUGGCAUUGUUGCUGCAGGUUAUAUACCUGUGGAUAUAAGAAAUGAACCAGAGACAAAUUGCUUACAGGCAACUCCAUUAGCAAGCAACUGGAUCGAAUUUUGCCAUGAAACAGAUCUCUACUGCGUGAAUCAGAGGGAUCUGUGUAUCUCUGAGGCGUCUAUAGGAGACCCUCUCUUCAGUUCAUUGGACUUGAGGAAAUGUAUCAUUAGCAAGGCCUAGCAAACUUUCUGACAAAAGUGUCAAGCAUGAGAUGAGAUUGGAUAUCGAGAUAUAUUGACUAAAGUGUAACAAAUGGGGUUUUUGUCAUGACGGUGAAGAACCAGUUAACAGGGGCAGAUACGAGUUAUUACAGAAAAAUUUGAAUUCUUUCAAAAAACCCAUGAAUUAUAAGUUAUUAUAAUACCUCAAAUUUCUUACAGAAUUUCUGUAUAUGCCUUGACACCGUUAAAAUGCUCUUUCUUUCGAUGAUUUCAAAUAUCUUUUUGCGAUUAUUACUUAACUCAAAAAUUGUUCUUAUAUGUAAACGAUCUAUUUGCCAGGCGAUAAAUCUAUACGUCUGUUUUUCACUGUUAUGGUUGCCACCUGUUGAUAUCAACUCAACUUCUUACAGAAUUUCUGUACAUGCCAUGAAACUGUCAAAAUGCUCUUCUUUUGGUGCUUUUAAAUAUAUUUUUGCGAUUGUUAAUUCACUUGCAAUUCAGUCUUAUAUAUAGAUGAUUUAUUUGCCAGUGGGAAAAUCUGUACGUCUGUUUGUCACUCAUAUUGAACAGCCAUAACAUGUAAAGAAAUAUACUUUGUAGAUAUAGGCCCUGGGCAAAGCCUUCCUGUAAAUGACGGGAUUUUCGCAAAUAAUUGGUUUUGGCGUAAGCAUAUCAAUCACUUAUGCAAAAUAUGCUUUAUAUUCCCCAAUUGUUCGCUUAGGAUCGUUUAAUUAUGGAAACUGACUACAAGUCUGAUGAAAGUUGUUCAAGUGAUUCUUUUUCCGUGGAUUUUUCCUCUAAGAAUGAUUUAGAUGAUUUUGAUUAUGAAAUAGACGAAAUUGAAGAGUCCUACGAUCCAGAAGGAAUUGAGAGUGAUGGUGAUGAGCCUGGUUGUUGCCACUAGUCUAGCCAUAACCAGAACGCUUCUAACACAAUAGAGCGAGAUGAAAGUGUCCCAGAGUUUGGAAUGCCUCAAAUUCACUUUGAAGAUAACACAAAGCCACACGUCAUUAUUGAGAUGAUUGUUAUUAUGCGUACGUCACAACCUCUUUUUCGUGCUACAGAGUAACAAAAAUAUACAGAGUAGAGUAACAAAGUAAAAGCAUUUAAAAUACUGGAACUAGCGCCAGGAAUAAAAAGAGUCCCUUUAUGUUCUUGAUUUUUUAAGAUAGCAUUACUUGCUUGAAAUUUUUUGUUAAUUUGGAUUUUGCGUCCAGGCCAUUCCAUAGUUUUGUCCCUCUAAAAGAAAAGCAUUUUUGGCCACGUGCUGUUCGUAGAAACGGGACACGAAGAUCCCCAGCGAUCAUAUGAAAACCAGGCUUUAAAAGUAACACCUAUUGGUAAAGAACAUCUAAAAGUAACAUCUGCCUGUGGGGAGUCAUCCAAAUAUCUGUUGGAUCGUUCUUUUUACCAUCGGCAAUCUUACCCGUGUAUUGGCUGGUGGCAAAAUGUUUCUUGAUGAAGACGAUAGUGCAAUUUCUGCUCUGCUCUCCCUUGUCAUUGGCAAAAAGCAGAAUCUAUUGAGUACGAUGCAUUUAGAGAUCAGCGCAAGGAUUUAGAAAGAAGUUCUCCUUCUGUCAUCACAUUGGAGCAAUGCUGUCCUGAUCUGUUUUUAUGGCAAAUAGGACCUUGAAAAACUAAUCGAGAUAAAUCGGGACAACUUAAACUUGUAAGGAUUAAUAGGAUUUGACAAAGAACAAUAAUGCAGAGAGAAAAAAAUUAAAUAUCUUCCUUUAUUGUCAGACAUGAUAUCUUUGUGCAAAUCCAUUACCUUCAAUCUUUUUGUUUAAUAGUCCACCUAGUAUCUUUGGUCAAACACAUAAUUCUUUCCCCAAAUUUGUGACAAAGUUGAUCUCCAUCACCUGCACACACACACGACUUGUAAAUUGUCAAAAUUCUUCACAAGAUCUACAUACCAUAUUUGCUAUACCAUACAGUGCAACAAAACAUGAGACAAACCAAAACUACAUUUUUUAUCUUUUUAACGAAGGAUACUGUUGUACAGUCUCACAGGGGCGAAGCCAAAAAAAUUGCUUUGCUUCAUGCUUUAUGCCGACUAAUAAGGGCGUGUCUCACUUUUGAAGGGUGUGGUCAAAAGAUAAAUACUUUUAUAUGCUGACAGAAAAGUGAAUACCUUAGAAUUGUUGAAAAAGGUUUCAGGGUGAGUCCGAAAAAGCUUCUUUUGCCCGGGAAAAAAUCCUCAAUGUGCCGACGGACACAUUGUUGGGGGUACCGCACCCCCCACAUACUUCCCCUUUGGCGACGCCCCUGUAGUCUCGUUAUUGUAAUUAUGUUUGGUUUUUGCUAAGACUACAUUUUUUCAGAAAAAAGCUGAGAAAUCAAAUCAAUGAAAUCCUGAUCUCAUGGUCAACAAACCCGAAUCUUUCAACCACUUUUCUUGCUUCUAUUUGCAGAUGAUGUUGUAGUUAUCUUGUUUCUAUUCACAAGCAACAAGAAAGAAAUCUAGCUGUUUCUGAAACUUUUCAACAGAUAGGCCAGCAUAUUAUUUCUAAUCGUCCUUUGCAAAGUGAUAUCUCUACCGCAAUCUUCACU